UGCCAACCCAAACUCUCUCCCAAUCCAAUUGUAUUCUCUCUCCUCUUCGAUUUCUCUCUCACUGAGUCAAUUCGCCAAUCGAGAUGGUCCGCAACUCUGCGAGUCCCGAUCACGUCGACGACGACGACAAUGCCACCAGCUCCGGCUCCGGCAUCGGUCACUCGAUCCGCGACCGUUUUCUCUCCAAACGAAACCCUAACACUACUGCUUCAAUUUCCAAACAAGACAACACUAGGCAGACUGCGUCCUCCUCGGAUCGGCAAUUGAGAAAUAACCGACCUCAUCACCACCACGAUCGAUCGUGGACUCAAAAGUUAUUAAGAUCUCCGUGUAGAGGAAAUUUGUGCUGUUACUUCUGUAUGAUUUUCGUGAUUUUCGCCUUCGCGUUGUUUUCGAUAGGCUGGCAGAACUAUCUCAUGUCUAUGUUUUGGCACGGGAAUGAGAGCAGUAAAAUUGAGAGGGAAGAGCUGAAGUACGGGAGUUCUUUGAAGUUUGUGCCGUGGAAGAAUAGCAGUUUUGUAUUGAAAAGCGGUCUGGAUAGGUUCCGGAGGCAGGCCAAAAUCGGCGGUCGACGGCCGAGACUUGGACUUGAAGCUGGACCAGCAUUGAAUUCUUUGUAUAAACAGUUCGAGAGAAAUUCAUCUGAGCCACUUAUAAGGGUAGAUGCAUCAUCUGUGCGGCUUGUUGCUAAAUGUAAGAUCUUAGGAAACAUGAAGAAAGAUCCACGAUCAUUGAUGCUGUUUACGGUGGUGAGAAACUUACACAAACUUGGCUAUAUGAUCAAGAUUUAUGCCAUAGAAGAUGGUGUGGCUCGUUCAAUGUGGGAGUCAAUAGGACGUCAAAUCUCAAUUUUAAGUCCUGAGAGAUAUGGCCAUAUUGAUUGGUCAAUCCAUGAAGGUGUUAUUGUAGACUCUCUUGAAGCAAAAGAGGCCAUUUCAAGCCUUAUGCAGGAGCCCUUUUGCUCUGUGCCUCUGAUAUGGAUUAUUCAAGAGGAUACUCUCGCAAGACGCCUUCCACUGUACGAGGACAUGGGCAGGGAUCAUCUUAUUUCUUAUUGGAAGAAAACUUUCAGUAGGGCUAACAUUGUCGUGUUUCCAGAUUAUUCUUUGCCGAUGCUAUACAAUGUGCUUGACACUGGAAACUUCUUUGUGAUUCCUGGAUCACCCAUAGAUGUGUGGGCUGCCGAAAGCUAUAGUAGAACCCACUCCAAAUUUCAGUUAAGGAAAAACAAUGGGUUCAGUGUAGAGGAUUUGCUUGUGAUGGUUGUUGGGAGUUCUUUCUUCUACAAUGAGCUAUCGUGGAAUUACGCUCUGGCAUUACACGAUAUAGAACCUCUGCUAAUUAAAUAUGGCAGGGGAGAAGAUGUCAGAGAGUUGUUUAAGUUUGUCUUCUUAUGUGGAAAUUCCAGCAAUGGACAUGAUGAUACUAUACAGGAAAUUGCUACUCGUCUGGGACUUCAUCAUGGUUCUUUAAGGCACUAUGGCAUAAAUGAUGAUGUGAAUAGUCUUUUAUUAAUGGCCGACAUUGUUCUCUAUGGUUCUUCCCAACAUGAGCAAGGUUUUCCUCAAUUACUUACACGAGCCAUGUCGUUUGGAAUCCCUGUAAUUGCACCUGACUAUCCUAUCAUCAAAAAAUAUGUUGUUGAUGGAGUGCAUGGAAUGAUUUUUCCUAAGCAUAAGCCUGAAGAAUUGAUGAGAGCUUUCUCUCUUUUAAUAUCAGAAACAAAACUCUCUAAAUCUGCACAUACUAUUGGUCACUCUGGGAGGUUGCUUGCUAGGAACAUGCUGGCACCAGAAUGCAUCAUUGGUUAUGCAAAGCUGUUGGAACAUUUCCUCAGUUUCCCUUCAGAUGCACUGCUGCUUGGCAACAUUCAUCAGCUUUUUCAGCUUAAACCGGCUGCUUGGGAGUGGGAUUUGUUCUGGGAAGAAAUAGAACAUAAACGUGGCAUGGAAAAUCUUAGUAUCGUGUAUGACCUUGAGGAGGAUAUGACCAACCUCAUUCCUUCAAAAAAUAUAUCUCAGAAUGAAUCCGAGAUUCUGGCGGAGGAUUUUCCAACUGAGUUAGACUGGGAUAUAUUGAGGGAAAUAGAAAGCUCUGAAGAAGUUGAGAGGCUAGAAAUGGAGGAGAUUGAGGAAAGAACGGAAAAAGACAUAGGUUUAUGGGAUGAUAUAUAUCGUAAUGCUCGUAAAACAGAGAAGCUUAAGUUUGAAAUAAAUGAAAGGGAUGAAGGAGAGCUAGAAAGAACAGGUCAGCCAUUAUGCAUUUAUGAGAUCUACAAUGGAGCUGGGGCUUGGCCUUUUCUACACCAUGGUUCUUUGUACCGCGGGUUAAGCCUUUCUACAAGCACCCGUAGAUUGACAUCAGAUGACGUGGAUGCAGUUGGCCGGCUACCUCUCUUGAAUGACACACACUACCGUGAUACCCUUUGUGAGAUUGGAGGCAUGUUUUCUAUUGCCCAUGGGGUGGACAACAUUCACAAGCGACCUUGGAUUGGAUUUCAAUCAUGGCGUGCUGAUGGUAGAAAGGUUUCUUUGUCUGGCAAAGCUGAACAGGUUCUGGAAGAACAAAUGCAAGAGAAAACUAAAGGAGAUGUACUAUACUUUUGGGUGCGCUUGGGCUGGGAUGGUGGACUUACAGGAGGCAAUGAAGGGCUUACUUUUUGGUCCAUGUGUGACAUUUUAAACGGGGGACACUGCAGAACUGCCUUUCAAGAUGCAUUCCGCCGUAUGUAUGGUUUGCCAUCAUCGGUAGAAGCCCUUCCGCCCAUGCCUCAGGAUGGUGGCCAUUGGUCUGCCCUGCAUAGCUGGGUGAUGCCUACCCGUUCCUUCCUAGAGUUCAUAAUGUUUUCCAGGAUGUUUGCUGAUUCUCUUGAUCGUUGGCACAUGAAUUCAACCAAAAACACUCACUGUUUGUUGGGUUACUCGACGCUUGAGAAGAAGCAUUGUUACUGUCGGGUUUUGGAACUCCUGGUUAAUGUUUGGGCAUAUCAUAGCCCUCGGAAAAUGGUUUACAUCAAUCCACGUUCAGGUGCGAUGGAGGAACAUCACCCAAUUGAACAGAGAAAAGCAUUUAUGUGGGUGAAAUACUUCAACUCAACUCUGCUGAAGAGUAUGGAUGAAGAUUUAGCAGAGGCUGCAGAUGACAAUGAUCAUCCAAGUGAGAGGUGGCUGUGGCCAUUAACAGGGGAAGUAUAUUGGCCAGGUAUCUACGAAAGAGAGAGGGAAGAAAGGUAUCGGGUAAAGAAGGAAAAGAAGAGAAGAUUAAAAGAGAAAUUACACGAAAGGAUGAAACACGGAUACAAGCAGAAGCCACUGGGAAGAUAG